GACGAGCUCUACAGCGACCUUGUAAACAUUUAGUUGAGCCCGAGCUGAAGAGACACACCACGGAGACACGUUGAGAUGUAGCACAGCUUAGAAGGACAGAGUCCUUUCCUUUCUCCCAGUACUGAAUCUGACCGAUCGGAGACAUUAUUGCAUGGCACAUGGGAGACCAUUGCGUGUGAAGACGCGUGUACUGGGCCGAUCAAUUGGGAACGCAGGUGAAAGGUGUCCAUAUUCAAUGUUUCUUUCAACCCCCCCUUUUAUUUGCCUGCCUUGAUUUACGCAUAGUGUAUCCCCUAAAUACGUAGCACACACUCCGAGCCUUGGAUGUAGUCGUCGAGGGAACAUCUGGCAGCUUUUCAUUUUGUUUGAAUCACACUGGAUGGAAUAUAGACAAUGAGCCACGGGUUUCUGCUUGUGUUUCGGACCUUUGUGACUCUGCUGCUUUUUGAGAGCACCCCUGUUUCAGCAUUUAGUGAUGCACUUGAAAAAAGUGCAAACACCAGAUUGAGUCUUCAACAGAAGAAGCCGUGGACUUCAGCUUUACCUGUGGGAGUCUUCAGCACUGACAGCAGGACAGAGACCCACAGACAAGAUGAUGUGCACAAGAGCACACCAACAAUAACCCAUUUUGCCCACUCAGUGACUGGUCGUAGUAGAGGGGUUGAGCCACUGGGGAAGACAAGACCUUUUGUCAUUGUGGACGGACAAAGGAGGAGCCUGAGUCACAUUUUACAGGAUGGCCACCCAGACAGACUGGUGUGUGGGCUGCAAGUGGGAGACAGCCUUCUUCUGCUGGACCUGGAAAAGAACAAAGAACUAUUACCCAAGCCACCUAAUGUCUUCUACUACCUUCCAAAUGGAAUAGGGGUGUCCAUGGAGGAGAGCCAGUUGACUCAGUGUUGCUACCAUGGUUCUGUGAGAGGGUUCCCCCAGUCCCGCGUAGCCAUUAGCACCUGUGAUGGUUUACGGGGAGUGAUUGUAAUCAAUUCGAGUUUGAGCUUUGAAGUGCAGCCAGAGGAAUUUGACAAAGGCGUAAGGAGAAAUGGUAGUUCAGAAGAAGAGAUGGAAUUGCACACGCUUUACCCAACGUACCAGCUGAGCUCUGAAUCUGGGGGAUGUGGUGUUUCUCACACUUACAUUCCACCCAUUCAGAAUAUUCCACAAAUGCACAGGAUUAAAAGAGAUAUUCUCUUAGAGACCAAAUACAUUGAGCUUGUGUUGGUGGUUGAUCACAAAGAGUACCUUAAUUAUCAGAAGAACAAAAAGACUGUUAUUUAUCGCAUGCUAGAUGUGGCCAACCAGGUCGACUGGUUCUAUCGGCCACUGAAUGUGCGAGUGGCCCUGGUGGGGCUGGAGAUCUGGAGUGAUAACAAUAAGAUCCUAAUAGAUAAGAGCCCUAGUGACACACUCAGACGCUUUUUGGAAUGGAGGAACAGAGAACUGCUGCCACGACUACGCCAUGACAACGCACAACUGGUCAUGGGUGAGUCAUUUGAUGGCACUACAGUAGGCAUGGCCUCUCAGUCUUCUAUGUGCACUAAGGACAGAUCUGGAGGAGUUAAUGUGGAUCAUCUGGUAAGUGUGCUGGGGGUUGCAUCCACAGUGGCACAUGAGCUCGGCCAUAACCUGGGCAUGAACCAUGACACAGCUGACCGCAGUUGUCACUGCCAGAAUGAACCACGUCUGGGGGGCUGCAUCAUGGAGCCGUCCACAGGGUUUAUGCCAGGUCAGCUGUUUAGUAGCUGCAGUGAGAAAGAUCUCUCUGUAAGCCUAAUGCAUGGGGGAGGCAUGUGCCUUUUUAAUGUGCCACAGCCAGAGAAGAUGCUGGGAGGUCCACGCUGUGGCAACCUGUACGUGGAGAAGGGAGAAGAGUGCGAUUGUGGCCUACUUGAUGAAUGUACUGACCCUUGUUGUAAUGCCAGCACCUGUAAGCUAGUUCCAGGUUCCCAGUGUUCCUCUGAUGGCAUUUGCUGUGAGAACUGCCAACUGCGUACUGCUGGCUCAUUGUGUCGAGAGGCUCUGGGAGAAUGUGAUCUACCAGAGUACUGCACCGGUUCCUCGCCACACUGCCCACCCAAUGUGUUCUUACAGAAUGGCGAGACGUGUGAGGAUGGCACCUCCUACUGUUAUAGUGGAGUGUGUUCCAUUAUGGAUCAGCAGUGUCGUAUGCUGUGGGGAGCAAACUCCACUCGUGCUUCUUCAGGCUGCUUCUCCAUUAACAAACAGGGCAACAUGUUCGGCAACUGUGGCCAGAGGCCCAAUGGCACCUAUAUUCCUUGCUCAAAUGAUCAUGUGCAGUGUGGUAGAAUCCAGUGUCAGGGUGGCAGUGAUCGCCCACUGAUAGACUCAGAUGCAAAGAUUCUGACAAGCAAGGUGAAACUGAACCAGAGUGAAUUAACCUGUCGAGGUGUAUAUUUCCGCAUGGGUGAUGAUGUUUCUGAUCCAGCCAUGGUAGCCCAGGGAACUGCAUGUGCUCCUGGCAAGAUGUGUUUAGACCAGCGCUGUCAGGAUGUGUCUGUCCUUGGUAUUGAGGAGUGCCGUAGUAAAUGCAACAGCCAUGGGGUGUGUAACAGCAAUAAGAACUGUCACUGUGAUGUAGGCUGGGCUCCACCAGACUGUAAAUACUCAGGAACAGGAGGCAGUGUGGACAGCGGCCCUGCACGUCAACCCAGAGAUUCCAAUCCUAUGCGUGUAGCUCUGCUAGUGAUUUUUUUAUUUGUGCUGCCGGUGACACUAUUGUUCCUGGCACUCCGCUUUUCUCCCUGCCGCCGAAGGUUUUUAUGUUUCAACAGCACCCCCUUCAGCAAAACCAGACAGCCCAGCCGAACCCCUGCCAAUGAGCGAGCGAACGCACAUAAUGGAGAGCAAAUCCUGCCGCUGAGGUACCAGUGGACUCCGCAGAACAACAUACCACUCACACGAGCCAUUAGCAAGGCUCAAACCAGACCUGCUGCUCCUACUAAACCUCUUCCACCCGAUCCUGUCUCUAAACAGCCUGUCCAGUCGGCAGUGCAACGGCCUGCCCCUCCCAACAAGCCCCUCCCUCCUGACCCCGCCCCCUCAGAGAGCAAGGCACAGCAAAAGUUGAAGGUGACUCGACCGGUUGCACCAAGCAAGCCUCUUCCCCCUGACCCUGUCCUGUCUGACAGACAGAGCCAAAAGCAGACCCCCCCCAGACCUCCAGUUCCCAGGAAGCCUUUGCCUGCAGACCCCUCUGGUUAUUCUGAUCCUUUGCCCCGGUUGCCCCCAUCUGAGCCAUUAGGACACCACACAGCUGCUGCUUCUGUCAGUUUCAGCCCUUCUGCUGCUGCUGGUCCUGCAAGACGUCCCCUGGUGCCCCCACUCAGGGCAGUACACCAACCCAGGAAGUUCCAUGCACCUCCCCAGGUGUAAGCAGUGGCCGCUGCAGUGGCCUGGUAUUGUACUGAGGACUGAUGCACUUCUAAUUGCACUGGCCAUGAAGGACUCAGCACAGCUGAGCCAAAGUCAUGCAAGAUUUAUCUAAACAAAUGUAUCUAAAAGGAGAGAGCAAGUUUAUUUUAACACAUGGACAAACACAAAAUGAUUAUCUAGUCAACAUGCUGAUCAUGAAGAAAGGCUCAGCCAUUUGAGCUGUUAAAUCCUCUUUAAUGUGCUAAGAAGAGUUCUAUAUUUCUAUGUGUCAUCCCCAGCUACAUUGCUAAUGUCUAUCUAUACGUUAAGACACAAUGUUCUAAAGUUAAAGGGCUAGUAAUCUACCCUGAACUUCCAGACAGUAACUAAAGAUUUGGCAGUAGCUAAAUUCAGAAACUAUCUAAAAGAUUUCUUGUUACUCUAUUAAAGCACCUUGAUUGCCUUGAGCAAGCUACUGAAAUAUGUAUUUGUAUUAGAAAUUUUGAAUUCUGUUUAUUUAGUAAUUUUAAAGCAGGAGAUAUAAAGAGGAUUACACUGUAAAGUCCCACCUGUUCUACGUGGCACUUAUUUCUGUGUAAAAACCUCACACGUCUAUAGCCUGAGAGAUGGUCAUUAAUUGUGAAAACAGAAAAAGAUAUUGAUGCUGCUGGUCUGGACUCUUUGCCUUUUGUACAUAGUAAAAGUAUGAGAGGGGAUGUUAUUGUUUAUUUUGCAAAAUACAGUAUUUUUAUGCAAUAAACUUGGAAUGUGUUUUUAAAA